AUGACGCAGAGCAAGUUCACGAACAUCAACACUUCUGGUAAUGCCGUAUGGGAUCCUGCAGUCCGUCAACAAUACAGUGCAAGUCCGUCGCUCGAAGAGUCCGAUGACCUGCCAGAGUUCGCGUGCCUUGCUAGCGAUGAGGACAGGGAGAAGAAAGCGGAAGCUCACAAGCCGGGCACAUUCGGUGUGGUCGUUACCCCCGAGAGCUUCUUCGAUCUUCCGGAAUAUGCUGCUUCUGUGCCUCAUGAGAGCAGACGGACGAGUGGUGCCAGUUAUGGGAGUGCCUCGUCUGCGAGAGGGGCGUAUCGCAGUCCGAGGCCUGGUGCGACACGAUCGAUUACACUUGCAGAUCCCAACACGGUCGUCUUGGACCGAUUUGAAGACUCUCCAGUCACAUCACCUACUUCGUUUCCCAGGUCCGAUGAAAGCCGCCGUGGUAGCUUCCCAGAAGCCCUACAGAAUUUGUCAAUCACGAGCUCCGCGUUCGCCUCGGGCACAAGCACUGCCUUGCAAACCCCGACUUUUCGAGGUGCUGACGAUCACCUCCUCGCGCACUUUAGGCAAUACAUUGUCCCUUGUCUAGCUCAACCACAGCCCCCACAUACUGCUUCAGCCCUCGGGAUUAUCUCUCAAAGCACGGCCAGGAACGCCAUUGAGCUCGAGGCUCAUAGGUUCAGGCCUUUACACAACGCGAUAUGUGCCAUCAGUGCGCUACAUCUAGCCUACAGCGGCCGAUCGUCUCUUGAAGAUGCCAUGCAGCACUACCAUCAGGCAUUGGCGGCAUCGGCGAGCGCGACAUCUCCGAAUGACUUGAUCACAGACGGGGUGUUUUUCCGGCAUUUCUUGCUGUUCGUAUACGACAUCUGCAUCCCGAUGCAGAAUGAAGAUGGAGCGAAUAUGUGGGCAGAACAUCUCAAUCACCUACGACGAAUAGCCACCCAGCGUCGAAACGGCACCGGCAGUGAAUCUUACUCACAUACCUUAUGGGUCAUCAUGGAGCUCGAUACAGCCGCCUGCCUACUCGGUAGUGGGAACUGCGAUUUUGUACGGACCAUCAUGGAGCAAGUCCUUCUUCCACCGCUGGCACAACAAUUACCCGCCUUGACCAUCACCCCAAGCGAAUCGACCUUCCCCCCUCAAGAAGCGCACAUCUUCCCACCAAUCUUAGCACUCAACCAGAGCAUCGUCCUCCAGACCGCAACCAUGGCCCAAACCGCCCAGAGAUUCCGCCACGAAGCUAUCAAGCGCGAUAGAGUCACUUCACCUGGCACUUGGGCAAGACUACAAGCAAAUAGCGCCCAGCUCCAGAGCGACAUGCACACCAUCUGGCAGCGAUACUGCCCAGAAUAUCUGGCACCUUACACUUACCGAACGGGUGCCAACCUCCCCGAACGUGUCCAGAUCGUCUUCGAGCAAGCUACGCUACGAUACCAUGCCGCUAUCAUAUACGCUCGGACUAGCAUGUUCCCGGGCCAACGCUCCUUUCCAUUCGCCGGGCAACAGGACGUGCUUAGUGAUACCGAGAGGAGAGUCGCUGCGAUCAUGGCUCUCACUUCGGAUCAGAUCAAGCAUGGGAUGUUGGAUCAACGAGGGGCAGUGUUUCCGUUAUUCAUUGCAGGGUUCGCGACUGGGGAUUUCAGGGUGAAGGACCAGGUUAUCAGCCAGAUUCGAGCUUUCGAGGGGCAUGGUAUUGGGCAGAACACGUAUCGUACGCGGCAGCUGCUGGUCGCUGUAAGGGAUGAACAGCUCAGACAGGCGAAUAUGGGGUCUGGGAGGAUGGAGAGGGUUGAUUGGUUGGAUAUUGCUAAGGAGGGUGGGUUGAAGGUUGUCAAUUGUGGGUUGUGA